GUGAAGGCAUAUAUGGAAACUCACAUCGAAUGAAGCGAUGCAAAAAACGUCGUAGAGGAGGUGCGACAGAUGGGUCGUCGACUGAAGAAAAUAUCGAAAGCGAUGCAUUGAAGAAGCCUCCAGUGUACACUCAUCGCCAGCACUGCCGCGUGGACCGCAGCAGUAGUUCAAGUUCAAAGAUAAUAGAUGCGAAAAACAAGCACAAGCGUAGCAAGAAAAGGUCGAGAUCUAACCGAAGUUCCGCUGAUACUGAAACAACUUUCGAUCAUGCAAGAUCAAUGAAAGCCAAGGAUUCCACUUCGGCACUUCCUAAUCCAUCUCUAUUAGAUCAAACUGCUGGAGGAAACUCCUCAGGGAGUGGCACGGAUGGAACUGAAGAUGGCUAUGCAGGAUCUGUCUCUUCGAAUGAAAAUUUCUCGGGAAAUCAUCAACUUGGAUCUGCAAGCCCAUCUCCUUCAGUCACAUCGUCGGAAGAAUGCGAGCAAAAGCAAGAAGAUCGACGUGAUAAUGACAAUGACUCCAAGCACAAAUCGUCCCAUGAUCCAGAUUCGUCAUCCGAAAUCGCCGACUUCAGCUCAUCAGGAAGUUCGGAAACAAUGGAUGAGGAAGACGUAGAAGGGAGGCGAUGUAAUAGCUCUCAGAAACCGGUCGUAAAGACAUUUUCAUCGACUCCAUCGUCGCCCUCAUUCUCUUCUUCGCAUUAUACAGAUUCGGAUGGUCUUGAAAGUUCCUAUCUAAGUGCAAAACGCGAUGCUGAUGCCGAACACGAACGCAUGGUGAAGAUGUUUGCCCGGAAGAGAAAGCUUAAGAAGGAGGUCAAGAAGCCUCUUGCCACACAAAGAAUGAGUAGCAAGCGACUAACUGUCAAGAAUCUGGACGAUGGUCGACCCCCUAUCCUAGCUAUGGGAUGCGACAUUAUGGCUCACAUCUUGACCUUCCUCCAUCCUCCAGAAAUUUUGGAUGUGCUGACCAUGCCGCUUUCAUUAUACUGGCGGAAAAACUUCACAUUGCAGCCAGAACUAUGGAGGGUGUUGUGUCUAGUAGAGCCAUUCAAGGCAAACAUGGAUGAUCCUCUCAGUCCACCAAAAUCGAAGAAAAUUAGAUCGAGUGAUGCAAGCGACGACUCCGUAAUCAAGGGCGCAGGAGAAAGAUUACUGGACAAAUAUCGUCUCCUGUAUACUUCUUUUGUACGCUGUAUGAAGUACGUUACCCAGAUCCGAGAUGAUGCUGUCAACGGUAGAUCGCCAGCAUACAUUGAUUAUGGAAUAUCUGGAUCGGCACUUCAUGAAGAGCCAGCCAGAUAUCAGUUUAACUUCAACGGCACCAAUAGAAACUCCUCUGGUCCACCACCACCCGCUGCUCUUGGUUCAAAUCGAAACCUACAGCUAUUUUUGGCGCAAGCUAGGAACAUUGUACUGAAUUCUUCAAACAGCGAUGCAAAUAAUGCAGGUGAUGAAGCCAAAGCCGAAGACACUUCAGAAAACAAUAGGAUUGUCCCCAUACUAACAACACCCGCGCGUGUCGGCACAGCGCACAAGAAGGUAAGAUCAUACAAAUUGGAUUUUGGAUUUUUCCUUAGUCGCGUAUACUUUACAUAUCUAUCUCAACACACUGCAUUAUAUCAACCGAUUUCAAUUGCAGACUGACAAGAGGAAAAGCAAUGGUCAAGAGAAGAAGAAUGGGCCAAAAUUCGGGCGAUCCAUGAUUACAAGCAGAUUAUUCGGCUUAGUUCCUGGAGCAGAACAGUCCAACUUGAAUCUCCCGUGGUCUUGUGCAAUUUAUUCCAUUGUAAAUUGGAUGGUAGCAUUUUGCGACGUGGAAGGUAUUCAAAUUUUGUGCUUGAAGGUGCUCCCCGUUCUUCUUGAAAAUGAGCAACAUCGUAUGACAGCACAGCAUGCUGGUCUAGCUGACAUUGUCCUACGUGACAUGGUCAUGUUUUCUGAAAGCGCGGAACUACAUAUCGCUGCAUUUCAUACCAUUGUCCUUUUGGCUCGCCCUCAUGGAGGAAGAGAAGGUAUGAUGUUUCGAACUUCUAUGACUGCUGGCGGGAUUUUUAGAGGGAUAUACCAGCAGCAUGGAAAGAGUGGGAUUGCAGUCAUGCUAGAUUCCAUGAGAAGAUUUCAAGACAAUGCCACCCUUUCGGCCAUGAGCUGUUGGGCUUUGGUAAAUAUUGCACUGGUAUCCGACCAGAAAGCGGUACUAGUCAAACUGGGCGGCAUUCAAGCCAUAACUAAUGCUAUGUAUCGCCAUCCUUACAGUGCCGAGCUCCAGUUCAGGGCUCUCUUUGCUCUUAUAAACCUCGUUAUCCCCUCAGUACAAAAUGUUGAAAACAACGAUAAUGGCAACGUCACCAACAACGUGAGUGAAAAUAAUGCCGCUGCAGUUCCGUCAGUACCCGAGCUGGGGGACUUGAAUGAAACAACGGAAAGAGAAAUCAUUGACGAAUUGGUUGGUGACAUAGCAAGUCUCGUUAUUCGUGUGAUGAAAAACUUUUGUUCAAGCGAGGCCAUCCUCAAUAGAGCAUGCUUGGUCCUUCACAAUCUUUCUUUGACGGACGACUACCAUGCUAUUUUAUUGUGGACUCCGCACUGUUACCAAAUGCUGGAGUGGUGCAUUGCCAACUUUCGAACUGAUCUAAUCUUGCAGCAAAGCGCCACUGGCACCUUACAUCGAUUGCAAUCCACACUUGCUUUGGAUGAACAAAUGCGCUCAAGAUUUACCAAAUCGCUCCAAGCGCAGCAGCAUCAUAUCAAUUUAAAACGAGACUGAAACGAAGUUUGACAAAUAACUGGGAAAUGAAAGAUGCAAACCAUAGCAUUGUUAUGAAGAAGUUCAGAUACAUAAUUCCUUGAUCAACAUAAAAAUCAAAAUGAAUAAGAUACUUGAAUAUUCAUCGCCAUUGCCUUCGAGGAAUUCGAUAUAAAUCUAGAGUUUUAAA